UAUGAGUCAAAACCCAAUUAUUAAUAUUUAAAAUGAGACAGAUCAUCAGGAUUUAAUUGAGAAAUUAUUAAGUAAGAAUCGUUUACUUGAAAAACGAUGUAAUCUCUAUAAAAAGAGAAGAGAAUAGUUGAUGAUCUAAUUAUAUCAAAAAGAAACAUAAAAUAAAUUAUCUGAAUCAAAAGUUUCAGUAUCAUCAGCUAAUUGCAAUUUUCCAACAAUGCCUGAUGAAACUGAUUUGAUAUAAAGAUAUUAAGAAGAAUUAUAAUAGAAAGAGACUUUAAUUUCUGAACUAAAAGAGACAGUGGCAGCUCUUGAAAAUAAGGCUAAUAGUUUGUAAGUAUGCAAUGAUGAGAUGUAAUAUUAAUUAUCAAAGUAAUAAUAAUAAGAAUUUGUAAGAAGUGAUAAAGUGAGUUAAUCAGGUAUAUAAAUGAAUUAUUGAAAUUAAUAGUUAUUAUUCCAAAAUCUACUAGUUAAACAGAAAAAGCAAUGGCAGUUAUUGAUAAAUUUGUUUAACCACUUUCUACAAGUUCAUUCAAAUCAACAGAUGGAAAACCUCAAUCAGCAGAAGAAAAGAGGAAAUUGAUAAAGAAAAUGAGUAUACAUGCAGGUGCUUCUGCUUAUAUGAUGGCUAUGAAAGGUGAUUAUACUACAUUAUAAAAUGCUUCUGAGGAGAUGUAAAGUAACAAGAAUCUUGAAGAAUCAUGAA